AUGGCGGUCAUCACGGAGAUGCAGGAGGAGGCUGUCCAGCAACGUGCGACGACUCCCACUGGCCGUGAAGCGGCCGCCGAUGCGCAGUCCAUCGCCCGGGUAGAUGAGGUCCUGAAGCCGAUACUAUCGUGCAGGGGCUCCAGCGGCCUUCUGGAGAUCGUCGUGGACUUUCUCCGCCGGCAAUCUGAUGCUUUCAAGUCCGAGUCUGCCUACAGAGAGCUAGUGGCGGUGCUCUCGGCUGCCAAGGAGAAUGAGGAUUCUGCCUCUCUAUCCGCUGCCAAGGAAAAGGAGGAGCGUGCCAAGGUCACCUCCGUCCCAGCUUCAGCGCCGGUGCCAGUGGAGGCUUCCUCAUCUGCUAAGAAAGAUACCAUGGUGGGGGAGGGGAAGCGAGAAGGUAAAGCCACGGAGGAUCAGGUGGCCGACGCCAAUACUACGAAUCUUCGAGGUAUCUAGAUUCUGGGAUCUAUUAACAUAGGAUUUACCGCCCCAUAUUCGUAUCUCGAUCUAUUUCUUCUUUUUCUCAUCGAUUCGGCUAACUUAGCACGUAGGGUUCAUGCAUUCAUCUUCUUGUUCUCUCUCUUUCUAGAUAUCUAUAUAUAUGUAUGUGUAUAUAUAUACAUAUUUGGUCUUAGGAUUAUACACGCAUUGCAUCUGCCAGUACGGACUGGUUAAACUUAGAUUAUUGGUCUGGAAUAUCUCUGACUAAUUGUAGAGAGUAUUGCGAUCAAGUUGUGUCUCAUUUUCGUCAAGUUGGUCAACACCAACCUUAUUUAGAAAAAAAAAGGCGUUCAUUUCUUUGAGUUAAUGUUGAAUGGUCUGCCACAUUCAGAUACGUUUGUUGUCAUGUGAGGAAGGAACUCUAACAUGAGGAACAGGGUUUAUCCGACAUUGCAUUUGAGACUCUAGCAACGGCAGAUUGCUCUGAAAAUUUAGCUGAACACCCCAAAAAGGUUCUAGCAUGGAUAGAUACUGUCGUUGAGGCCACCACAAGCACCACCGUAGCCUCCAUCACUUUUUGUAUGAAACCAUCACAAUCAUUUUCAAUAUCUUCUUUCCACGCCGAGUAGCAUGAAAAUUACCCCUUUUGAGUAGUGUGCUACAUCUUUAACCGUGUUUAAUUUGCAGUCGUCCUCCGUUAUCCCUCUUUAACUUAUCUUUCUGCAUUAAGUGGAUCUCAUUUCCUUUAUGUGGUACAUAAUCUAUUCGUUUGAGGACGCAUGAGUUGUUAUGUUGGUCAAUUAUUCCCGUGGAAUGGGCUGUGGUAUUUAUUUUCUGCGAUGUGGGGUGAGAUCCUAGACAUAUGUUCUGGUAUUAUUUGCCCCUACUUAGACCAUGCACCGUUUUUGUUCAUACCCAAUGUCGUCGUGUUGUCAUUCUUCAUGAUGAACUGCCACCGUUACAAUUUUAAAUCUGUCUUCCAUUAUGCGAUUAGGCUAUAGAUACACGUCGAUUAUGCGAUUAAGCUCUAUAAACAGUACGGAAUUUUGAUGGUUUCCCAGAAAUAUUCAAAAAUCAAAGAAUGGAAGAAACAUGACAUCCCAGAAAAUUUCCAUGACAAUUUUUAUUUCGAUGUAGGUGCUGAAAUUUUGAAUUGCUAUUGUAUUUUCCUGUUAGGUUUUAUUUCAGGGUACCUUUGACAAGGUGAUUAUCUAUUAUUUGGAGUGCAGAUCUCCGCAAUUAAAUAUCUUACGAACUUUCAUGUGUUGCCUGGAAAGUGUCAGUCGCGAGUUGUGACAUGUGAUCAGAGGUUCCACGUUGUUUCAUGUGAUGGAUGGAAAAAAUAGGCUUAAUGAUCGUCUGUACAUAUUAUAGAGCGCUAGAACGCUGAUUUUUUUUUAUCUUUACUUAGGCUCUUCACCUGUUGAAGGGAUGAUAAUUUGGAAGUUUUAAAGAAUUGGUGCUUUUCGAAAGGCUUAACGGAAAUCCUCAGAUAAUGGACUUCUGUUCAGAAGUAUCUUCCUUUGAAAAGAUGUUAAAAUGAUUACUGGGCUGAUAGAAUUAUGUGAUGUCAUUUAAUUUCUAGAUUCUGCAUUAAUGAAGCAUCAAUCUCAUUUUAAACUGUUGAAAUUUAAAAUUAGCAUUCACUACACUGGAUUGUCUAUCUCAAAUUUUUCUUUCAUAGAAUACGUCUUCUGAGUGGCUAUUCGCUUAUAUUCUUAGAUUAAUUGCUUGCUAUUUCAUUUGUUUUUAGGCAUGCAGCAACGUAUGCAUUCACUUACGAUCUUCAUUGCUUAUUGAACAAAAUAAAUAAAUUGUCACUGAUAAUUUUUAACUUUCUCUGGAAAAAAAGGUCUAGCUAGAUCAGCAACACAGUUGGUUUUAUGUGCAUGGAUAACUAAAUGGUGACUGUGUUGCUGAUGCUCUUUUGUCAUGAACUGAGAGUUUUAUAGCUUACGUUUCAUUGAAUUAUACAGUUAAGGCUGUCAAUGUAAAAAUGUCUAUAGAUACUAUGCAACUUUUGUGGUUUUAAUGUAGUUGUAAUCGGCAAGCCUUUUUCAAAGUUUUCGAUAUUAUUACUUAUGAUUAUGCUAAUAUAUUUAUCCUUGCGACAGGAAUUGUGUUUGGUCCAUUAAUGUGGUGACAUGAAUUGUAACGGAAAUGAGAAUAAUAUCAUGCUUUAUGUUGUAAAAAUUCGUGUUCAUUGUCGGAUUUGUGGUGAUGCUUAAGAUAUGCCAUCAAACUAGUUCAUCACUUGGAUUUUCUGUCCUUUUUAUAGCCCCAAAUGCUGGGAAUGGUCUGGAUUUGGAGAAGUAUUCGUGGACUCAAACUCUGCAAGAGGUCACUGUCAAUAUACCAGUUCCUGUGGGAACUAAGUCGAGAUUCGUGGUGUACGAAAUCAAGAAGAACCAUCUGAAGGUUGGGCUAAAAGGGCAACCGCCAAUCAUUGACGUAAGUUGCUUCAAUUCCUUGUUGCAUGUUUGCCCGUCAGUUAUAUAUCAUCUCCAUGGCUCAACUGCAAAUUAUUUACGCAACUGGGUUAUCUGCGUUGUUACGAUUUAUAGGGUGUUCUCCACAAGGCAGUGAAACCAGAUGACUGCUUUUGGAGUAUCGGUAUGCAGCAAGUUGUUUUCUUUUCUUUGCCCAGUUUGCGCAAGUUGUUAUCUGCAUCGUUGACUUUGUCUGGUAAUUAUAUUUGAAUGUCUAGUUGAAUGUGUGUGCAGAGGAUGGAAAAGCCAUCUCCGUGCUCCUGACCAAGCAGAAUCAAAUGGAAUGGUGGAAGAGUGUUGUUGUGGGUGACCCAGAAGUUGAUACACAGAAAGUAGAGCCUGAAUCCAGCAAGCUCUCGGAUUUGGAUCCUGAAACUCGGCAAACUGUCGAAAAAAUGAUGGUAAUUUAUUUUUGCUCUCUUUAUUUGUUCUGUAAAUUUCAUCAAUCGUAAUUAUAGCGGUGCUUCUUUCGUCUACUUCUCUUUCUCACCUUCAUUAAGGCUAAACCUAGAUAUGAAAAGGAUUAAUAAAAUGUUUUCUGCCUUGUCUUUUUUAUACAAAUGUUUGAAAUAAUUCGGUGACCAUUUAUUUAUGAAAAAGGAUUAAUUUUUUCUCUUUUUUUUUAGUUCUUUUGCACAUGGUGGAUAUGAGAAGAAUUACCUUUCUGGAUCAAUCUAGAGUAGUUUAUGAAUGUGCAUGUGGAUCCAUGCUCCUGCCAUCCCCUUGAAAUAAGGAGAGCAUUUGAAAUGCGCAUAUAUUUUCUUUCUAUUUCGAGUAUUGUGCUGAUAUUUAUACGACACAUCUCACAUAAACUAGGCCUUGAAAAUAUCCAUUCAUCACUCAACUGUCUUCAUAAGAAAGGGCAAAUUCUCCCUUCUAGCUUUGUUGAAGAUCCCACUUUAGAUCAUUACGAUUACGCGGGCCUCUCUCAGCCUCUUCCAGUGGUGCUUAUUUGCCUUGACUUCUUCUCUCUCUCUCUCUCUCUCUCUCUCUCUCUCUCUCUCUCGCGGUGAGACACGCCAGGGGGAGUCCCCAGGAGGGAAACUUUUCAGUAGUAGAUAGAUGGGCAUUAACUUUAUCUGAGCAUAAAUUACUACAUUAAUGUGGCAUUUAUUUAUCGUGGCCGAGAUAAUAUAGGAUAUGAACCCAGAUGUCUGACUUUAGCUGUUGACUCGUAUCAGAUGAAAGAUGGAUAGAUCGUACUGGUAAAAUUGCUCUGAAAUGCACAGCAUUGUGGCCUUCAUGCGGGAGAAUUUCUGACCGGUCCCUCCCUCUUCUGUGUUUCCUGCAGUUCGAUCAGAGGCAGAAGUCCCUGGGCCUCCCUACGUCCGACGAGGCCCAGAAGCAAGAGAUCCUCAAGAAAUUCAUGGCCGAGGUACCCUCCCCCCCUUCCUUUUCCUCCACCUCUCCCUCGCCUUACCUAUCGUAGUCGAAUGACGUGGCCACCUCUGAUUGCAGCACCCCGAGAUGGACUUUUCCCGGGCGAAGAUCGCAUGA